GGGAGCAGGGGAGCCCCGGGAGGCCACCGUCGGCUCCGAGUGCCCGGCCGCGCGGGUGCCUGAGCUGGGACGCGGGGAAACGCGCCUUCUCGAGUCCCCACUGGCCCGGUACAAACUUGUAAAACUCCGCCGCAGCCAUCCUGUGCCCGGAGACCUGUGGUCCGUCGUUUUGCCGCGUCAAGUCACCCAAGGGAGCGUUCGGAGCCGGAUUUAUUAGCCUGGGGACGGUCCCCACCGUAACCGCCCAUGUCGCUUGUGGGCAGCUGCUCAAAUAGAAGAGGUUACCUGUCUGUCACCAAAUGCGAACACCUGGAAGCAGCAUAGGCAGCUUUAAUAUUUCAUUGUCAGACUCCCAAGUGGAUCUUUUUAAAAACUUGACUGACGAUAAAAUUAAUUCGGAACCGAAGAUUAAAAAACUGGAGCCAGUCCUUUUGCCAGGAGAAAUCGUCGUAAAUGAAGUGAAUUUUGUGAGAAAAUGCAUUGCAGCAGACACAAGUCAGUACGAUUUGUGGGGAAAGCUGAUCUGCAGUAACUUCAAGAUUUCCUUCCUUACGGACGACCCAAUGCCGUUGCAGAAAUUCCAUUACAGAAACCUUCUCCUUGGUGAACACGAUGUCCCUUUGACGUGUAUUGAGCAAAUCGUCACAAUAAAUGACCACAAGAGGAAGCAGAAAGUCCUAGGCCCCAACCAGAAACUGAAAUUUAAUCCAACCGAGUUAAUUAUUUACUGUAAAGAUUUCAGAAUUGUCAGAUUUCGCUUUGAUGAAUCAGGUCCUGAAAGUGCCAAAAAGGUAUGCCUUGCAAUAGCUCAUUAUUCCCAGCCAACAGACCUCCAGCUACUCUUUGCAUUUGAAUAUGUUGGGAAAAAAUACCACAAUUCAGCCAGCAACAUUAACGGGGCACCCCCAGGAGCUGGCAGUGCAGCUGGCGGUGGCAGCAGCCAGAAAACGCCACUCUUUGAAACCUACUCAGACUGGGACAGAGAAGUCAAGAGGACGGGUGCUUCCGGGUGGAGAGUUUGCUCCAUUAACGAGGGUUACAUGAUAUCCACUUGCCUUCCAGAAUACUUUGUGGUGCCAAGUUCAUUAGCAGACCAGGAUCUGAAGACCUUUUCCCACUCUUUCGUGGGAAGAAGGAUGCCGGUCUGGAGCUGGAGCCACUCGAACGGCAGCGCGCUCGUGCGGGUGGCCGUCAUCAAGGACGUGCUGCAGCAGCGGAAGAUUGACCAGAGGAUUUGUAAUGCAGUAACUAAAAGUCAUCCACAGAGGAGUGAUGUUUACAAGUCAGAUUUGGAUAAGACUCUGCCCAAUAUCCAAGAAAUACAGGCGGCUUUUGUAAAACUUAAGCAACUAUGUGUUAACGAGCCUUUUGAAGAAACUGAAGAGAAAUGGUUAUCUUCACUGGAAGGUACUCGGUGGUUAGAAUAUGUAAGGGCGUUCCUGAAGCAUUCAGCAGAACUUGUGUAUAUGCUGGAAAGCAAGCGUGUCUCUGUGGUCCUCCAAGAGGAAGAGGGAAGAGACCUGAGCUGUAUCAUAGCUUCUCUCGUUCAAGUGAUGCUGGAUCCUUAUUUUAGGACAAUUACUGGAUUUCAGAGUCUGAUCCAGAAGGAGUGGGUCAUGGCCGGAUAUCAGUUCCUAGACAGAUGCAACCACUUGAAGAGAUCAGAGAAAGAGGCUCCCUUGUUCUUGCUGUUCCUGGACGCCACGUGGCAGCUGCUGGAGCAGCACCCAGCCGCCUUCGAGUUCUCCGAGACCUAUCUGGCCGUGCUGUGCGACAGCACACACAUCUCCGUCUUUGGCACCUUCCUGUUCAACUCCCCUCACCAGCGCGUGAAGCAGAGCACAGAAUUUGCUAUCAGCAAAAAUAUCCAGUUGGGUGAUGAAAAGGGUUUAAGGUUCCCCUCAGUUUGGGACUGGUCUCUUCAGUUUACAGCCAAGGACCGUACCCUCUUCCAUAAUCCCUCGUACGUCGGCAAGAGCACGCCUUGUAUACAGAACGGUUCUGUGAAACCUUUCAAACGGACAAAGAAAACCUACAGCUCCACGCUGCGAGGGCUGCCAGCCUCCCCCGAGAACGGGCUCCUCCGUGACCCAGAGUUCCUGCCGCGGAGAAGCUCCUUAAUCCUGAGGGGGAAGCCGGCCGCGCCGCAGCCCGCGGGCGGCCAGGACGCGGGUGUGGAGCGCUACUUCCGCGAGUGGCGGGCGCGGCCGGCCGACCCGCACGGCGUGCUGCUGCCGCAGCUGUCGGGAGCGCACAUCAAGCUGUGGAAGCUGUGCUACUUCCGCUGGGUGCCCGAGGCGCAGAUCGCGCGUGGGGGCGCCAUCACCGCCUUCCACAGGCUGUCGCUGCUGGCCGACGAGGUGGACGCGCUGAGCAGGACGCUGCGGCAGCCGGGGGCCGGGCCCGGGCCGGCGGGCCCCGCGGAGCAGGACCGCAGCAGGCUGUACUUCCGGGCGCGCGGCCCCCACGACACGCCGGCCACGCCCGAGUUCCUCUCCUCCUCCUUCCCCUUCUCUCCGGUCGGCAACCUGUGCCGGCGAAGCAUUUUAGGAACCCCGUUAAGCAAAUUCCUGAGUGGGGCCAAAAUAUGGUUAUCGACGGAGACACUGGCCAAUGAAGACUGAAACGGAGCGUUUUCUGAACUGGGGCGGAGCUACGAACAUUUUCCUCCGAGCGAAAGUGCUCAUCUAGGCGUUGGAAGCCCUCAUAAGUUUAUAUGUAAGAGGAACCGUUGAGAUUUGCACUAAUGUUUAAAAACAUCCGAAUUAUGCUCCCUUCACAACAGUUUUAGCAGAUAGGCAUAAACUUUUUUAUGUCCUCUUUCUGUCAUUUUAGGUCUGGCUCAUUUUUAGGUCAUUUGCAAGGAGACAUCCUCCCACUUUUAUUACUGUGAUCAAACUAGUCAGGUUUUGUCUGCAACCUUAAUUUUGUCUGCAUCCAUGUGCCUUGGCACCUGAUUAGCAACCCAGAGAAGCAGGUGUCAGGAAAGUUGAGAAGUUAGUGUUUUGUGUCUUUUUAAAGAAGCAUCGCUAACCCUCCCAACAGGCGUUGGUAGGUAUUCGUGUGCUUUUCUGGUCAGUCUAGUAUGAUUUCUAGUUGAACUCACCUGGGGUUCCGUGUUCCAACGCCCUAAUUUAUUGUAAGUCACUCUGUUUGGGACCGUAGAUCACUGUGUUGAAAACCAUGAGUUUGCUUUUUACUUCUUAGGACUAACUUUAAAACGAUAUGCACUGUUAACCUGACAAGCAUUUGCUGUAGGUGAUAGAACUAAGAAGUGCCUUUGACGUUAAUAGUAAGGUAUGAAGAACAGAGUAAAAUGUAAUUUGUUUUUAAAAUUAGGGAGUACAAAUCCCACUGCAUAUUACAAACAGGCUUUUCACACUGAGCUUCAUACCGAUAGCCAGGGGUCCCCAAAGCCACGUUUCCACCCCUCUGAGAGUUUCCGAGAACACAGCAGGCUGGGGGGUGGCGGGGCGACUGCUGACUGCGCUGCGCCCACCCUCAAAACCAGAGGGCUUCCCCUCAGUAUUUGCAGGGUGUGAACUACUGUUGGCACGUUCCCGGACAGUGACUGCUGAGCUGAGUCGUCAGGUCGCCUGCACCAAAGCCCCUCCUCCCUGAAAGGUCGUAAUGCUUAGGAAUAGAGCACAGAGAAUUAGAACGUGCUGCUCUCCAAAUACUGCCUUAUGAGGACAGGGUGACAACAGCCACCCCCGACUUCCCCGUCCCGCAGCCGUGGUAACAGGAGGCUGCGAGCAGGCAGGUGAUACAUUCUUGGUGUGCGGCUCCCUUGUUUUCAGAUUGUGUGACGUGAGCCUCACCAAGCUGUGUGUGGGGUCAGAGUGGCGCUUAUGGUGGCAGGGACGUUUGGCACAAUCCCACCCCCACACACACCCUCAUUCCCUGUUUAAAAGAUGUUUUCAAAUUUGGCGAUUUAGUUUCUUAAACUGCCAUCUUAAGCUUUACAACAUGUUUAUAGUGAAAUGUCUAGUUAGCUUACCUCCUUUUCUGAAACAAGUUUUUUCAAAAGUGUGUUUUACCUUUAUAUGGAAUGAAUAGCUGUUUCUAUUUGAAUUAUUUGUCUUUUUAAAAUUGUUUGAUAAUGUCUCGAUUUAAAGGGACAGAAGUUCCUAUACGGUGUCUUAGAAAAUUCCUCUUGUGGGUCAACCCAAUGUUUUUGCCAACUUGCCUAGAAAAUAAGGGCUUUUUUCAGUUUAUAUAAACAGCACCGUUGCCAUUAAACAUUUUAUAGUCUUUGAUUGGAAACCAGUCUCAAUCCCCCUAAAACACCACAGCAUGUCCUGCCAUUGAAAGUGUAGUAAUUCUCCCUUUUUCAUUAAGCUGCUUUUUUACUACAAAUUGUUCUAAAUUUGUUACCUCGGGGGUGAGGGAGACAUGAGCAUUUAUUUCUCUAUAAUUUUCUUCCCUCACACAUUUAUUUCAACUUCUUUAGUAAUUAUUUUAAUUUACAAGUUUAAAAACAAUUAGGUACUAUUAAUACUGUUUUAAAAUAGAAAAUGUGCAUAUUUUUAUAUGAUAAUCAAAUGCAGUAAAAUACGGUUUUUCAUGUUAUUUUUGCUGGACAGUUGUAUCAUGAUUAUUGUGCCACAAUUUAUCAUGCAUAAUAUGAAAAAUAAUUCCAACGGUUUUAAGUCCUGGCCACGGCAAAGCUCUGAACCUCUGCUAGCAACAGGGUGACACGGUAACGGAGUCCAGACUGUGACCCUGUGCCACCUGGAUGUCACACAGCUUGGACUUCCCAGUAUUGAACCUAAAGAUGUACAAUGUCUUACUGUUUUGUGACAGGAACCAAUUUAAAACCAAAAAUGUCCUAACUUUAUUUAAAUAUAUCAUUCGUGCUCACAGAAGGUGAAAACAAUUCUGUACAUCUUUCAACAGAAUCUGCUGAAGCAGUGACGUCAAGUCGUUAAAAGCUGCCCUUGAGGGAAAAGCAAGGCCUCUGUGCCUAAGAUUGACUUGGGUUACAGAAGGGUGAGUGGGGAGGCGAGGGGCCUUGUUGAGCAGCAGUGAACGUGAAGGACGUUCUGAAUGCUCAGCAGAAGCCCCACAGAACGGUUUGGUGUAGUUUCCAUCAUGGGUCAUCCACAAGAACCCGACCGGAGGACGGGAGGCAUUUCUUCUAACCGUACACGUGUGUGCCGUGCGCUCAGCAUCUGCUUGUCCCAGAAGCAGAGAUGGCGCGCCUCUAGGCUGCGGGUGAGGCCGUGUGGGUAUGGGGGCCAUGCCCUGACUUGCCGUCCGUUUAAUAAAUAAAGCCGGAGUAACAUCUCCCGAAGGCCCCAGAACCAGUCUGUGGGAGACGGGGAUCCCCGCCCCUGACUCGUGGGCCCCUCGCUCUGAUAAGUGCCCUCCCCCCUUCCCGGUGAAGUCUCCCUGCAGAGGUGACCCGCAGCCCAGUGUCGACCCCCGACCCGUCAGUGCGGAUGCCCUCAAGCAGCGGGAUGAGGCGGCCAGCUGCCUUUGAUGACGAUCUCAUUCCUGUGGUCAUUUGGCCGGUGACAGAGCAAGCACUGGCAGAUGUACCAGGUUAAAGGAACUUCAUGAGAAUUCGUUUAGUUCCUAAAGAAAUCAGAAUUUCAACUGUGUACACCCUUCUUGGAUAAUCAUAAAGCGAAUUUUAACAGCUGAGUGUGCAAAACAGUAUAGAAAAACUUAGAUCAAUUCAAGAACCUGUUUCCAAUAUACUUAUGAAAAAGAAACGCUGUGCAUACGACUUUUAUAAAAGCUGUGAAUCAC